UGGCAGCACUGCUGGGAUGUUGGUGGCUGCAGCUGCUGAAAGAAACAAGGAGCCCAUCCUGCGCGUGCUCCGCCAGUAUGUGGAUUCUGCCCAGCACGGCGUUCGCGUGCUCGAGGUGGCCUCGGGUUCCGGACAGCACGCCGCGCACUUUGCUCAGGCUUUCCCGCACGCCGAGUGGCAGCCAUCGGACGUGGACCAGCGCUGCCUGGACAGGACUUAGCCCCUGUGAGCCACUGAGGGGCCUGGCCGGCCCUCGCCCACGCGCUGUUCUCCACAGCAUUGCUGCCACCACUCAAGCCCAAGGUUUGUCCAAUGUGAAGCCUCCGCUGUACCUGGACGUGACCUGGGAGUGGAAGCAAUGGGGCGGGAUUCCGCAGCGAUCGCUGGACCUGUUGCUCUGCAUCAAUAUGAUCCACAUUAGCCCCCUGAGGUGCACUGAGGGACUCUUCAGAGCAGCAGGACACCUGCUCAAACCCAAGGCUGUGCUGAUCGCCUAUGGGCCCUUUGCAGUCAAUGGGAAGAUCUUUCCCCAGAGCAACGUGGACUUUGACCAGAACCUCAGAUGCAGGUCAUACCUGGGAACCCAGAAUGGGGGCUUCGUGACACAGCCCUCCUGGAGGAACUGGGCCGGGCCAGCAGCUUGGUCCUGGAGAGGAUGGUGGACAUGCCAGCCAACAACAAGUGCCUGGUCUUCCGGAAAGAGGAGCCUCCCUUCGGCCUCCCGUGUGCCUACGUCUCUGUCAAAGGCCCUGUCUCGGUAUGAGCCGGACCUCGGUCCCUCCCUCACUGGGGCAGCCCUCCUUGUCUGGUGGCCACAGGGCUGCAGAGAGCCCAGGUACAGCAGGUCUUGAAAUAAAGCCAUUCCAGCCCCCUUUGGGCUAUCUAUA